CCUGACCACCUCUGUCUGAAAAAAGCUUCUUCCUGUCAAACUAUCGAUUAUCCUAAGCCUGAUGGUAAGAUCAGCUUUGAUUUGCUGAGCUCUGUUGCUCUGAGUGGCACCAACCACGACCACGACCAACCCUCUCACCUCACACUUCUUGAUGAUACAACACCUGAGCGUAUAAAUCUUCCUAUCUACGAUGGCCCUGAACAGCGUUACUGUCCAGCUGGUAAAUGGAUCUAUAAUAUGCUCGAUUGUAUUACGCCAUUACUCAGCAUUGACAAAUGA